ACCAUCUUAGCUCCUGAUAGCCAUGGCUUCCAUUGCCAUAUCUGCAUCACUGCACAGAGCUUGUAGCUUGAAUCAUGUCCCAAGGAGAGAGCAACUUAGGCGCAUGGUCGGGACGAAGCAAGCAACCAAAGUGGUAACUGGGGACGUGGAAGGUGCACCGAAAGGGCUCAAGCUCAAUAUUGCUGAUCAUAAGGAUAAUGCAGCUUCAGGAGAAGAUAGAUUCCAGGUUGCUGAGGAUAAAUCAGAGGAGGGUCAAUCUUUAGAAUCCUCCACUAUCAAAUUCAAGGACGAGCGAUGGAAGAAUGGUACCUGGGAUCUGAACAUGUUUGUCAAGGACGAAGCAAGGAGGAGGAGGUUUCUUGAAGUGUGCCCAGAAGCCGCGACAAAUGAAGAUCCCGUGGUGUUCAGGAGCUCCAUAAUACCGUGGUGGGCAUGGAUCCGCCGGUCUCAUCUCCCUGAAGCCGAGCUUUUGAAUGGUCGAGCUGCGAUGCUCGGGUUUUUCAUGGCAUACGCGGUGGACGCCUUGACGGGGAUGGGCGUAGUGGGCCAGACAGGGAAUGUCCUGUGCAAGGCAGGGCUGUUAGCGACUGUGGUCGCGGUGCUCUUCUUCAGGCAAAACCAAGACAUCGAAACGUUGAGGACGCUCGUGGACGAGGCCACUUUCUACGACAAGCAAUGGCAAGCUUCGUGGCGAGAUCAAGCUGGAAGCACGAGCGCUUCGGAUUCCUCAGCAGAGAAGAUGUGA